CAAUGCAAUUGAGGGUUGACGAACGAAAUGGACUGGCUGUGAAAAUGCAGCCCAGGAAUACUUCGUGAAAUUAAUCUUUUGACUGUGAAUCCGUCGCGUGGCGACUAUUACCGUGCGUUAAGCCCGACGUUACCAGCAUCCUUACAUAUCUGAUGUCGCGGAAAAUAGUGUAUAUGAACAAUGCUGGUCAGGCGCAACUGGACCAGUCCGUGGUUGCCGCGGGUAUCGCUUGCGUUCAGAAGCCAGCGUGGGAAAUGGAUGCGGAAGAAGAUGCCAAAAUAGUUCGCACACUUUUUGCACAAAUGAUACACGCAAGCCCGACGAACAUUGCAAUCAUGCCGAGUACCGCAUUUGCCAUCACUCUAGCGGCUCACAAUCUGAAAUUUCAACUGGAAGGCCAAAAGGGGCGGAUUCUGGUACUUCAAGAUCAAAUGUGCUCGGCGGUUUACCCCUGGGAGCAUCUGUGCAGUCGAUCAGGAGGAUACCUAGAAUUAGAUAUCGUGUCAUAUCCAAGUGCAAGUACUACAUGGACCGAAAAAGUGAUUACGCAUUUAAAAAACGGCCAAGACAAAAUCUUGGUUGCUUGUUUGCCUCCGCUGCAUUGGGCUGACGGCGCGCUUCUAGAUCUUGUUGAGAUCAGUAAAAUUUGUAGAGAUAUUGGUGCUUUUUUGGUUGUGGAUGCCACGCAGGCUGUGGGGGUAUAUCCUUGCGAUAUCAGUUUGUUUAGCCCAGCAUUGUUAGCAUGCAGCGUUCAUAAAUGGCUACGUGGACCUUCGGGAGCUUCACUUGUUUACAUCGACCCUAAACUACAAAAUACAUGGGAACCUCUUGACCAACACGGCCGGUCUCGAAAAGUGGCCGGAAUGGCAAUUUGGAAUGCCGCCAAGGAUGGAAUGGGCCCUCAAGGCUACCCCCAAGAGUUCGUGACAGAUGCUCGCAGAUUUGAUAGUGGCGGAAAACCAAGUCCUUUUCUUUUACCGAUGCUGCGGAAGUCCAUGCUAAAAGUAAUUGAGGUUGACAUUGAAAAAAUCCAAUCACUGCUAAAGGAUCGGAUGAUGCCGUUGCUCGAUUGGGCUGACAAACACGAACUUUGGACACCCAGUGUGCAUGCUUACCAUCUAAUUGGCAUUCGGGCGAACACGAUGUACAUAUUGCUGUCCGAUGCGGGGCGUUUCGGAUUUCCCCGUAUCUCGACACCACCGAGGAAAACGUACAAAAACUGAUUGAAGCAUUAAGCGCAACCGUUCUACUUUAAUUGCGACCCCCAAUUAACGUUUUGCGAAAACUAACGAAACAUGUUGACAAGG